AAUAGUGCGGUGCGGCCAGUGUUGCGCACUUGCUCUCCAGUCGGUCGGGGUUGGCCACAUGGAGCCCGCACUGCGCCGGAACCCAUCCUGGAGCCACCUUGGGGGACCCGAGCAUCAAGAGAUGAGCUUCCUAGAACAAGGAGGGAACACUUCAUGGCCAUCGCCGGCCAUGACCACUGGCUCAGAGAGAAGCCAUGGGAAAGAGGGGGCCAAGGCCUCGAGAUGGACAAGGCAGGAGACUGUGGAGGAAGGGGAGCUGCCGGGUCUGGGGGAAGAUCCAACAGAUUCCCAGGCCAGGCCACCUGCUGAGUACACCGGGCUGGAGGCCACAUUCCCCAAGGCCACACACUUGUCCCAAGAUGCUCCUUUGGCCCGGCUGGGCUCCCCACCCGCAGAGUGGGACAUCUUCCCCCAUGACGAUGCAGCCUCAGCGGUGGGCUCCAGCACAGAUGAUCUGGAGCUGGACAUAGAGUUCUCAGCCACUGCGGGCUGGGGGUAUGAGCUCGGCCUGGUGGAAGAGAGACCUUCCCUGUGUCCCUCCCCGCGGGCGCUGUUUCCCAGGCUGGGCUGGGACGAUGAGCUGCAGAAGCCGGGGGCCCAGGUCUACAUGCACUUCAUGCAGGAGCACACCUGCUAUGAUGCCAUGGCGACCAGCUCCAAGAUGGUCAUCUUCGACACCAAGCUGGAGAUCAAGAAGGCCUUCUUCGCCCUCGUGGCCAACGGCAUUCGGGCGGCACCUCUGUGGGACAGCAAGAAGCAGAGCUUUGUGGGGAUGCUGACCAUCACGGAUUUCAUCUCAGUGCUGCACCGCUAUUACAGGUCCCCGCUGGUCCAGAUCAGUGAGAUUGAAGAACAUAAGAUUGAGACCUGGAGAGAGAUCUACCUUCAAGCCUGCUUCAAGCCUCUGGUCUCCAUCUCUCCCAACAGAAGCCUGUUUGAAGCUGUCUACACCCUCAUCAAGAACCGGAUCCACCGUCUGCCGGUCCUGGACCCGGUCUCAGGCGCCAUGCUCCACAUCCUCACACACAAGAGGCUGCUCAAGUUCCUGCACAUCUUUGGCACCCUGCUGCCCCAGCCCUCCUUCCUCUCCCGCGCCAUCCAAGAUCUGGGCAUCGGUACAUUCCGGGACUUGGCCGUGGUGCUGGACACAGCGCCCAUCCUGACGGCACUGGACAUCUUUGUGGACCGGCGCGUGUCUGCGCUGCCCGUGGUCAAUGAAGCUGUUGAUUUGGACAAACCAGGAUCCAGUUAAGGACAGGUCGUGGGCCUCUACUCCCGCUUUGAUGUGAUUCACCUGGCUGCCCAGCAAACCUACAACCACCUAGACAUCAGUGUGGCAGAAGCCCUGAAGCAGAGGACACUGUGUCUGGAGGGAGUCCUUUCCUGCCAGCCCCACGAGAGCUUGGGGGAAGUCAUCGACCGGAUUGUCCGGGAGCAGGUACACCGGCUGGUGCUAGUGGACGAGAGCCAGCAUCUCCUGGGCAUCGUGUCGCUCUCCGACAUCCUGCAUGCGCUGGUGCUCAGCCCUUCGGGCAUCGACGCCCUCAGUGCCUGAGAACAUCCGAGUCCUCCCUCCCAGGCCACCUUUCACACGCCAAAGCCAAUGAGGGGAGCCAGGGGACCCGGCCUUCAUCUUCCCUCACCCCCAUUUGCUGGUUUGGCUCUGGUACAGGCUUCUCCAGCCUUCCCUGAUUGCCCCUGCCUUGCCUAUGCUCCCAGAAGCCCUCACGAAUGCCCAGUGCACCGUGGGAUGGUGAAAUGAAGGAGAACGGCUGAGUUAAGCCUAGAGAUCUGUGAACCAGAAGCACUGGGAUUACCCCAAGGCCGGUGGCUCCGGGCCCACCCACGUCACUUCCCCCCACCUGGUGGGGUGGCCGGCCCCAGCAGGGCAGGAAGGCCUCGGCCGGUGGGGUUCGUCAGGAGUUCUGGAUUCCUCAGCUUCUGGACUACCUGGGAGUCCCAGCUGUUCCUCCACAACCACUAAGGUGGUUCCGCACCACUGUGCCCCUCCUCCUCCUCCCAACAUUGUCAUUUCAGGGCUGCUGGUGGUCGCGGUGGAAUAGCAGCUCUGGGUGGAGUCUGUUGAGUGGGGUCCUCCCUCCGUUCUCAUCCUGAGCACCAGGAAACAUUGUUCUCAUUCCCCAGGGACAGCCUGGGUUUGGAUCACUGUGGAUGAACCGUUGAGAAAACAAAGAGAAAAAACCACGAAUGAACUUGAAUUGUGGAAGUUUAACUCCGAAAAUGCCAGUCAUUUGACCUGAACCUGUGGCAAGACCCCUGUGCUUUCUGAACUCAAAGACACGAGGGAAGGUCUGUGAUGGACAAACACUAUGACUGGCAUUUCUUUGGUGCAUAGAGCGUUACCCCACCGAAAUUUCUUUUUUCAUCUUUCAUUUAUAACAAAACCACAAAGCAGAUAUGAAUUAGUUAAUUACAUAGUAAAUACAACUCAGUCGACAAACUCUCAUCUGCAGGAAACAUAACUUUAUUUUUCUAACACUGAAUGGAGUUUCUAUUAUGAACCCCGUUUCACCAGGUGGGAGAAAUUAAUCUCAGUCCGUCUAGGGCUCAUCCCCCACCUUUGCCUGGGGUUAAAUUCGGUGAGGCGGGGGAAGGCUCUAAGUAGCGUGAGACUUUGUUCCUCCGUCAUCAUCACCCAUGCAUGUCAGCACCAGCUAAAACAAUCCCAUUCCCA